AGAUGUGUGAGUACAGUAAUCGAGUACUCUCAGAUGUGUGAGUACAGUAAUCGAGUACUCUCAGAUGUGAGUACAGUAAUCGAGUACUCUCCGACGUCACUCCUUCAUGGCUCCGCUGGGAGAGGCCCCGGCUAUCCCAAACCACAGGAGCCGCGCAUGCGCAGAGCGGCGGGGCUUCACCACAUUGGAACUCUCGGAAGUUCAGCCAAGUUGCCGAGAUUUAGCCGCAGCUAGCAGCAGAGACGCUCCGACCGCAGCAAACUUGGUUUUCAUCGGAUAAAAAGUGCGUUUGGACGGAAGCUCGUCCCCCACAGUGACCCACGGAAGAUUGUCGAUGGAUUUAAACCGAUGUUCGCUGUGUGAUCGGCGCAGACGGCAGCGGUAGAGUCUUUGAGAGAAGUUGUGAUUGUUGUUUUUGGCGCUCUAGCAGCGCAGAGGAAAGAUGGAGGCUGCGCUGGGUUAGCACAGAGCUAACGCUAGCUGUUGGAGGACUGGCCAGCGUCGUUUCGGGACGAACCGAGCUGCUCCACACCUGGACGGGCUCCGGGACGUUUGGACGCUGCAUUUGAACACGGUGACGGUUACUCAGCUUCUGUUUAUGUGUACAGAUCAUUUAAAGCAUGAGACUCCCUCAGGUUCUGAGGAUGGGACCAGGGCUACCGGAGGCAGGAUCUAGACAUCAGAUGGUGCUCUGAAGAAGCCAUGGGUAGCUGUUUAAGCUGUCCAGAGAAAGAGUCAAUUCCAGAUAAUCAUCAAAGCAAAUUCAAGGUGAUAAACGUGGACGACGAUGGGAACGAGUUGGGCUCAGGUGUGAUGGAGCUGACUGACGCUGAGCUUGUCCUCCACACCCAUCGCCGUGACGACGUCAGGUGGCCUUACCUGUGCCUGCGGCGCUAUGGUUAUGACUCCAACCUGUUCUCGUUUGAGAGCGGCCGGCGCUGCCAGACGGGACAAGGUAUCUUUGCCUUCAAAUGUUCUCGAGCUGAGGAGAUCUUCAACAUGCUGCAGGAGGUGAUGCAUAGUCACAGCAUCAGUGUAGUGGAGGAGGCGGUGCUGGAGCCUAACCACCAGGGGGCACACACACCUGCAGCUCUCGGGUACUCUGUGCCAACGGUUCCAAAUGGCGUGACCCGGAUCCCGUCUGUUGGCGAGGCUCCGUCUCACCCCUCCACCCGCCACCCGUCUGUGGCGAGCACCCGUCUGCCAUCUGUGGGGGAGGAGUCGACUCACCCUCUGCUGGUGGCUGAUGAAGCGGUCCACACCUACGUGAACACCACGGGGCUCCUGGAGGACCAGCCCAGCCCACUGACCAUCACCACCCCGUUGGAGAGUCCCACCUCUCCCCAGUCUCAGUGUCCUCCGACACCGCCUCCUCCUCCGAGGGUCCGCACCGAGCCACUGGCACCGCCCGCCCCUCCUGAGCCACAGGUGCUGCUGGAGCCACAGGGCGUCCGGUUCGUGCUGGGCCCCACCCCGGUUCAGAGGCAGCUGAUGGAGAAGGAAAAGAGGCAGCAGGAGGCAAAAGAGACUGAGAAGCCCCGAGAGACUAAUGGCCACGCUGAGGCACCUGCAGAGGCCGAGCUGCCACCGCCGCUUUCCAACGGCUCCUCCUCCUCCUCUUCUUCCAAUCCCUCCACAGCUCUUCGCCGCCACCGCCCACCUCCCUUAACUCCUGACCUGAAUGUCAACAACUCGGCCCAGCGGCGCACCGCCCUGCUGGACUAUGAGAACCUGCCGGCACUGCCUCCAGUGUGGGAGGCGAGGAAGCCGAGCUCGGAGGAGGAAGAGAACGGCGGCAGUGGCCUCAAGACGCCGUCGCUCAACGGUUACAACCACCACCCACACCACGGCCUGCUGCACCACUCAUACUCCCACCCUCUGUCCGCCGCCCUCGAGUCCUCACACAACUACGUCAACACGGAGAACGUGACUGCGCCACUCAGCGCCCACAGGCCCGACACAGCCCGCCGCCGCACCGACGGACCAACCAUCUUCAACUUCGACUUCCGCCGGCCGCCGCUUUCUGGUCUCCCGGAGCCGCCCAAAACGCUCAAUUACAUCGAGGUGGAGAUGGACAACAAUGCCGGUAACAAGGGCGCCUCAGACGGCAGCAACCCCCACACGCCACGCACCCCGACCUCCCCGCUCCCCCCCACACCCCCCCCCCGCCGCACCGAGCUGUACGCCCUUAUCGACAUCGAGCGCACCGCUGCCAUGUCCAACCUGCAGAAGGCCAGGCCACGAGAUGACGGCACGUCACGCAAGACGCGACACAACAGCACGGAGCUGCCCACCAAAAGCACUGUGUGACACGCACCUUCACUUCCUGUUAGCACGGCACCCGGACGCUCGCUACGCCCGCACGGAGACGCGGUUACGGACUCCACUGAACACGUUUUACAUGAGUUAAUGACUUCCUGUGAGGUCACCUGUCGAGGUCACCAUCACGCAUAUAGCAGUUUAUUCCUCUGGUGAUGUAAUACCUCUGAUCGGCGCCGGGCGGCGUUGGACUGCAUCGUCGUGUUUUAUGGUACAAAUCAGUAUUACUGAACAAAGCAUUCCAUUUAUCCUUUUAUAUGAUCACUACAUGCUGCUGUAACUCAGUAUCUAUGAACUGUCUCUGAACAUGUACAGUAGAUUCUGGCACAAUAAAUGUCUGUUUGUUUUUAA